AUGAAUCUUCAUGUGUGGUCGUUAGUAGCACCAACCACUUCAAGGAUCAUGUGCCGCAAGCAACAACAACCACUCGGUGCAAUCAUGAUGGUGGCGCUCUUGGCUGUUGUGAUGAUCAUGUCAUCAUCAUGUGCCGCUGAGUCGCUUGUUCACGCUCCAACGAAUCAUCACAUUACUAUUCAACAAGUUGCAUUUCAAUUAACGGAGAGUGGUUUUUCAAUGAGAUUCAAAGCCUUGGAUCGAUCAAGCCAACAAGUGCAUGAAGGAACGGCGAUUCGAUAUAAAAAUGAAAAAACAGAAUCGUUGAAUGUGAUUUUGGAGAGCGGAAUUUUGGGAAUGAUGACAUUCUUUGAUUCGAGAAGUUUACAUGCUUUUAUGAAACCUGUUCAAGAGGGUGGUGUGGAAAUUUCACAACAUAUAGACAAGUCCAAUGGUGUCACUCAAUGUAUUCACAUCAAUUAUGACGCUCCUUGGAAUGCUUUUGAUAAUGGAAUGGGAUUGAGCAAAAUGUUGAACAAGGUUACUUUCAAAGCAGUUCCUCCAAAGAGUGUCACAUUUGAUAAGGAAGUGAACACUCAUUGUGUCAACAACAAGCUUGACAUGUAUUCAUUUUCGUUUAUGGAUGAAAGUAUGGUGUUAUGUGCCAAUGGAACCACUCCAGUUUUUAUCAUUUCCAAGUCAUUGGUUGUUUCUAUUAGUGAAUUCACACUCACUGAAGAGAAGACUGGUUUUUCUGCUCAACCAACAUUACACGAAAAGCUGUUCUUGGAUCAAAUGGAUCACCUUGUUUCAAAUUGUACCUAUUACGACAGAAAAUAUCUUGCUGAAUAUUUUGGUAAGAAAAAUAUUCACGCCAAGCAAGAUACCACUGCAAGGGAUAUUCUUGAGAAAUAUCUCACAAAAUAUAGAGUGAGCGCAAAAUAUGGACUUCCGUUACCAAUCAUUGAAGAAAAGGCCUCGUAUCGUUUGUCAUUGGACUCUUCUCAAAGAAGGAGCUCCUCAAACGAAGGCUCAUUAUGGUUCCUUAAUGAACAAGAAUCUUGUAGCAGCGGUCACAUGAGAGAUGAAAAAUCAUGCGUCUCAUAUCUCACAAGAAAGUCCUCCGGAGCUGCUCAAAGCAAGCCAACAUGUAUUUUCCUUCAUGGUGCAGGUGGACAAGAGGAUUUACCUCCACAAAAAGAUUUUAAGGAAUAUUGGGGCAACGUUUUGGCUUACACAGAUCAUUGUGGAGAUGUGUGGUUUGGAAGACGUGAUACUAAGAACAGAGGAUGGGAUGAUGAAUCUUUGCAAGAUUAUUAUUGCUCUACUGCAUUGUUAGGUAGCGGAAAUUCAACCAAGAUUCAAAAUACUCUUCUCUAUACUCACUCAAUGGGUAAUUUAAUCAUUGCAGCUGCAUUCAUGAAAGGAAAAUGCUCUAUUGAUAUGUCAACUUCUCAAUGGUUUACAAUGGGAGCUCCAUUUAAUGGUUCAGUAGUUUCAAGAACAUUACAAAACAUCUGUCACGAUUAUUAUUACAACAAUUUCCCAUUGAAUUUGAAGGCUCUCUAUGGAUUUAUUGCAACAGUUGGUGGGUAUUGUGUGAAAGGAACACCCAAUGCCUAUCAAAGCUAUAUUUCAGUUGAAGAAGGUUAUUGUUCACCACAAGGAGUUUGUAUUCAUGACUUGUAUGAACAUACUGAUCCGUAUGACACGGGAAGACUUUGUGGAGAUGAUCCUAUUGGAUUGUUGACACAUUAUAGUAUUGCCUUGGAAAUUGUACAUUGGGUUGCAGAUUAUGGAACUACUUCCGAUGGAUUUGUGACAUUUAAGAGCUGUCAAAUGGACGAGGAAAAGAAAUUUUCAGAUAAUGGUCCAUCUACGGAUUGGUACAAGGCAAUGGUCAACCAUGCUGAUGAAACUUGUAGAAAUGGAGAUGGAUGGUGGGGCUCCGAUAGAAAACCAUGCUCUUUCUAUAAAAAACAAUAA